AUGUACAACGCUGUUGGAAUAUCGCUCCGUUGCGCACCUAUCAGGUGGUUGUGUGUUGUUGUGUACACAUUGUGUCGCAGUGCCGUAUAUCCUGCUGUCUUGUGGAUACAUAUCUCAUACUUCUGAUCAACACACUACCGACUACAGACGUCCCACCACACACUGUAAAGUUGUUUUAUCAGCCCUACUGGGAACGUUUUUCGACGGAUUGACAGAGCCAUGGGGAUGCACGUGAGAAUCCUCCUGGUGUUGGUGAUCGCGGCGGCCGUUCUCUCGGACAGCGCCGACGCCAGCAGAAACAGGCGUAUACGUAUUAAGCGCGAGGCCCCUCCGCGUGGGCAGAAGAGCAGCCGUGAGGUUCGUGACCUCGGUGACGCCGCAGAAGUAGGAGGCGGAAAAACCCGAGGGGUUCUUGAAGAUGCGUCGGAGAAUGGCCGAGGGGUUUGCGAGCUCGGUGACGCAACAGAGGAAGGCCGUGGGGGCGGGAAAAGACGCGGGGUUCUUGAAGAAGAUGCGUCGGAGAAGGGCCGUGGGGUUCGCGAGCUCGGUGACGCAGCUCAGGGAGGCCGUAGGCCCGGGGGCGGCAAAACACGGCGUCGGGGGGUUGUUGGGGAUGAGACGGAGAAGGGCCGAGGGGCUCGCGACCUCGGCGACGGCGAAGGCGCCCAACUACCCCCCUGGGAGGGAGUUCGUGACGGUGCGCAACUUGGAGGCGGCGGUGGACACACGCGAUCUGCGUCGGACUCAGGGUCGAACUCAGACUCCCAAUGA